AACGGACCGGCGGGUGGACCGAGCCGCCUGAGCGAGCGCGCAGCUCGGACCCUCCCGGACGCAGCGCUCGCCGGUGGCCGCGCGAUCACCGGUCCGCGGCCACGGCGACCGCCCGCGCCCGCGCCCCAUGGGGUCACAGAGCCUUUAGAAGACGUAGCAGCAGGACUCCCAGAUGAACAGCCAAAAGGAAGAUAUGGAAAUCACGUCUCACUACCGGCACCUGCUCCGAGAGCUCAACGAGCAGAGGCAGCACGGGGUCCUGUGCGAUGUGUGCGUCGUGGUGGAGGGCAAAGUCUUCAAGGCGCACAAGAACGUGCUGCUCGGGAGCAGCCGCUACUUCAAGACACUCUACUGCCAGGUACAGAAGACAUCUGACCAGGCCACCGUCACUCACUUGGACAUUGUCACAGCCCAGGGCUUCAAGGCCAUCAUCGACUUCAUGUAUUCCGCCCACCUGGCUCUCACCAGCAGGAAUGUCAUCGAGGUCAUGUCAGCUGCCAGCUUCCUGCAGAUGACUGACAUUGUGCAGGCCUGCCAUGAUUUCAUCAAGGCUGCACUGGACAUCAGCAUCAAGUCAGAUGCCUCCGAUGAACUCUCAGAGUUUGAGAUGGGCACCCCAGCCAGCACCAGCACGGAGGCCCUGAUCUCAGCCGUGAUGGCUGGAAGGAGCAUCUCCCCGUGGCUGGCUCGAAGAACGAGCCCUGCCAACUCCUCCGGAGACUCUGCCAUCGCCAGCUGCCACGAAGGAGGGAGCAGCUGUGGCAAGGAGGACCAGGAACCCAAGGCUGAUGGCCCCGAUGACAUUUCUUCACAGUCUCUGUGGCCUGGAGAUGUAGGCUAUGGGUCUCUGCGCAUCAAGGAAGAGCAGAUUUCACCGUCACAUUACGGAGGGAGUGAGCUUCCGUCUUCCAAGGAUGCUUCGUUACAGAACUCGUUAUCAGAGCAGAGUGGGGGGGAUGGCUGGCAGCCCACGGGCCGGAGGAAGAAUCGGAAGAACAAAGAGACUGUACGACACAUCACACAGCAGGUGGAGGAGGACGGCCAGGCCGCCUCUCCGGUACCCUCAUUCCUGCCCACAUCAGGAUGGCCUUUCAGCAGCCGAGACUCAAAUGUGGACCUGACCGUCACCGAGGCCAGCAGCUCAGACAGCCGAGGUGAGAGAGCAGAGCUCUAUGCCCACAUCGACGAGGGCCUCCUAGGAGGAGAAACCAGCUACUUGGGCCCACCCCUCACCCCAGAGAAGGAGGAAGCAUUGCACCAGGCCACUGCGGUGGCCAACCUUCGUGCAGCCCUCAUGAGUAAGAACAGUCUGCUGUCACUCAAGGCUGACGUGCUCGGUGACGAUGGCUCGCUCCUGUUCGAGUACCUGCCCAAAGGUGCCCACUCACUGUCUCUGAACGAGUUCACAGUGAUCAGGAAGAAGUUCAAGUGCCCCUACUGCAGCUUCUCAGCCAUGCACCAGUGCAUCCUUAAGCGGCACAUGCGCUCACACACUGGAGAGCGGCCCUACCCUUGUGAGAUCUGUGGCAAGAAGUUCACUAGGCGAGAACACAUGAAGCGACAUACUCUGGUUCACAGCAAAGACAAGAAGUAUGUGUGCAAGGUGUGUAGCCGUGUGUUCAUGUCUGCGGCCAGCGUGGGCAUUAAGCACGGCUCUCGUCGCCAUGGUGUAUGUGCAGACUGUGCUGGCCGGGGUGUGGCUACCCCGCUGGACCAUGGUGGAGCUGGUGAGGGCUCCCCUGAGGCACUGUUUGCUGGUGAAGCGCCAUACCUGGAAGACCCGGAUGACCCACGAGGGGAAGGCGAGGAGGAGCUAGGUGAGGAUGAGGACGAGGAUGUGGCCAAGUGGAAGGACGACGUGGUUUUGGCACAUGAGGACGCACUGCUGGAAGAUGACAAAGAUGACGAGGACUCUCCCCAGGGGCCCCACAGUCCCUCUGGGGAGCCUGAUAAAGACUUUGCCUGGAUCUCCUAGGGGCUCUGCUCUAGUGGCCGGGGCGUGUGGUGGCUGAGUCACUUUGUCCACCUGUGUGUGUGUCUUAGUGGGUCUUUACUUACCCAGGAGCAGGACCAUGCUUACUCCUUGAAGCUCUUCCUCCAGCUCCUCCUGUCCCAUACCCCUCCCCCUUGCAGAAACCGGUUCUAUGAGCUAAGAAGUGGAUGUAACUCCAGUGACUGGGGAGCACUAGGGCUGCACACGAAGUGAGGGGUACAGAGUGGGUUGGGAAAAGGGAGACUGCACGCUCCCACCUAUGCAGGUGUUAAUGGCAUCUCAGCAGGUAUGUGUAGAUGUAUGGGCAGGGCUGCGCCAGGGCCUGGGCAUGCUUCCUCAGGGUAUCAAAGGAGCCCUUUGCUGUGAACCUGGCUAGGAAUGCAAGAUGACUCAGUGUCCAGGCCAUGGCCAGCACCGCUUAGGGUCAUGAGGGCACUUC